CAGCGGGGCAGGUACUUUUACGAAGAGCCUGGAAAAGAAGCCAGUGGUAAGUGAAGGAAGGGAGAGAAGUCCUUCCCACUUAAAAAAAACGCAGCUGCUUCCGGUGUAUGCGUGUGAGAGGAAGUCGGGCGGAGUUGGGAAGCGUAAAGUUAGAUUACGCCAUGAAGACUUGUCAGCUUCUUUUGUGCCUUGGCUUAUGGGUAGCCUGCACAGUAAGCAAACCCACAGAGAAGAAGGAUCGUGUUCAUCAUGACCCUGAGCUUAGUGAUAAAGAUCAUGAUGAUGCACAAAAUUUUGACUAUGACCAUGAUGCCUUUCUGGGUGCUGAGGAUGCAAAAACGUUUGAUCAGCUAACACCUGAAGAGAGCAAAGGGAGACUGGGAAAAAUUGUUGGUAAGAUAGAUGCAGACAAGGAUGGGUUUGUAACUGUGAACGAGCUAAGGGACUGGAUAAAAUUUGCACAGAAACGAUGGAUAUAUGAAGAUGUAGAUCGACAAUGGAAAGGCCACGAUCUCAAUGGGGACAGCAUGGUCUCCUGGGAAGAAUACAAAAAUGCCACAUAUGGUUAUAUUCUUGAUGAUCCAGAUCCAGACAAUAGCUUCAAUUAUAAACAGAUGAUGGUAAGAGAUGAAAGGCGGUUUAAAAUGGCUGACAAAGAUGGUGAUCUCAUCGCAACAAAAGAAGAGUUCACAGCAUUUCUUCACCCAGAGGAAUUUGAUUACAUGAAGGACAUUGUGGUUUUGGAAACCAUGGAAGAUAUUGAUAAAAAUGGUGAUGGCCUUAUAGACCUAGAAGAGUAUAUAGGUGAUAUGUACAACCAUGAAGGAGAUGCUAAUGAGCCAGAGUGGGUCAAGACUGAGCGAGAACAGUUUGAGGAGUUCAGAGACAAGAACCAUGAUGGAAAAAUGGACAAAGAAGAGACAAAAGACUGGAUUCUUCCCUCUGACUAUGACCAUGCUGAAGCUGAAUCCCGCCAUCUUGUUUACGAGUCAGACCAAAACAAGGAUGGCAAACUGACACGAGAGGAGAUAGUCGAUAAAUAUGACUUAUUCGUGGGCAGCCAAGCUACAGACUUCGGGGAGGCACUGGUCAGACACGAUGAAUUUUGAGCGUUGAAAAUUCAUCCCUCCAUCAAGAGACCUACUAAACCCUUCAUCUUUGUGCACACAGUGAAUGGAGGGGAAAAACGACUUAACUGAGAACAAAAGUUAUUUAUUGUAAACCAACAUCCUGAUCGACAAGACCAGCGUUGGAGUGCGUUUCCAGACAUUACACGGAUUGCAUCUGCCUUGGGCCAUACUGCAAAAAUUGCAGCAGUUUGUCUUGCCCAGCAAAUUAUUACCCAUUAGUGUUCUUAAUAAUUUAACACUUUACCUCUGAAAUGUAUUAAGUGUUUAGCAUUAGUAUACGCUGGCACAGAGAGCUUGUCACAUUUUCCUAUACAUUUAUGCCCAGACAUAGAAAGUUGGCACCUAUUGACUUAUAUUCUGAAAAUCUGUCUUCCAGUAAUUUAUGGAAUUAUUGGCAAGUUAGUCGUUUAUGGAAAAAAAAAAUGUAAAUCAUCAUACCCCCCACCCCCCAAAAAAAGUUUGAAGGUGAAAGAGAUGUUUAUAUAUAUUUGCACCACAGAAUGCUGGGGAAAAACACCUGUUGAUUUUUUGGUUUUUUUCCCAAUUUUGGGUCCAGUUCUUUAAAGUGUGGACAGAACAAAUUUUUUAGUAGAUGCAAGUUUGUGGUGCAUGUUUCUAUCCCUAUCGUAUAGCAUUGGGGAGGGGUCACUAAAAGGUUGUCACUUUUGUACAUUAUUAGGGUUAUGUAUUUUAUGUAACUUAUAUGUCCCUUUUUUCUUUUACUCAGAAUCAUGUCUGAUUCUAGCUUGGGGCAAUAGCACAUUUUUAUUCAGGUAAAGGAAGGCAAUAACAAUUGUUAGAGUGGUUGCAAUAGAAGCAUCUGUUAGUUAGUAUCUCGCAGUUGUCACCAGUGCGCAGUUAAUUCAAUAUUCUAUAAGAGGAAGUCGUUCCUUCUAAUUUUCAAAAUUUUAAGUGUGCCAUUAUCUUAACACCCCCUCCCCUUCAAACCAGUAAUAGCACGAAGUAGAUAUGCGCUAAGAGCAUUGAUGCCAACCUUGGAAAUAUUCUGCACAAUUUUCAGGAAGCAGGAUCUUGUAAAUCAUCUUCUGAAACAAGGGGACACAAUUACUGUAAAUCAUGGGCUCAUUUUAUUUCUUUAGUGCAAAUGUGUGAAUUCCAUUAUAAGUAAUUGCCAUGUUAGGCUUCAACUAAUGGGUUUGGGAAUUUGAACUAUAAAAAUGACUGCCCAUUUGGCAAAGAUGAUUUUUUACUUGUCUUCAAAUUUUAAUGAAAGAGAGGCUGUCAGAGAACAGUGUUUAUGCUGCCUAUUUCUACUUUUUUCUGUUUUUAUUGGGAGAAUAUAUAUAUUCUUUCAGUUACCCUUUACAAAUUGUUCCUAUUGCAUAAACUCAAUAUUUGUUAUAUUAUGUCUAUCUACUCAUUGUCACAAGAGUAACACUGAUUUUUCAAACACUAAAAUAUGAGUACUUGUAUUGCAAUUCAAAUGAAAAUUGUCUUCCUAUACUGAUUUCUGUUGAUGCCAGAGUGUAUGGCUGGGACAUUGAACCACCGCUUCAUUUUUUAUUUUGUUUUUAAUGUACAUUCAAUAAUAUUCAUGUGUUUCAACAGUUCUUUGGUAAAUGGUUAAAUACAUAUUGCUCCUGA